CUGCCUUCGCUACACUCAGCCUUCACGAGAACACUGUUUCACACGUGCCCUAACUACUACCUAGUACGAUACUUGUUCAGUUUCAAAGCAGGAAAAGUGGCUCGCGGUUUAAUGACGUUUAACCACCGUUGUUUUUCAUACGUCGUGACAAUUUGAUAAAUCAGAUUCGUCUACAUUGAAUGUGGUGAACGGGUUUUGGGUAGUUAUGUAGUUUGCAUGAGGGGAAGAACAAGCUGCUGUCGCCGCCGCCAUAUUUGCUCUCACCGUGGUAUGGACAUCUAGCUAGUGUGUACUGCUAGCACCCUUCAUUUUAGUACCCUUGUUUGUAUGUUCAUGUGAAGGAUGGAACCUAUGGAUCCAAGACCGAUUGGUGUUGAAUGCAAUUACAAAAUGACGGAGAAUGACAUUACGGGAUUAAUAAAGUUACGUGCGACAAAUGAUGCAAUUUUCACGGGUAAAAGAAAUUCUGCGAUGCCUGCUUGGAGAGCCAUGUUGAAGGAGUUGGGCCUCCAAGGAAGAAUCACAGCUCUGCAGUUGAAGAAGAAAUGGGAAAAUAUGAAGAUGAAAUAUAAGGAUUUCAAGAACCCUCCAAUUGGUAUGGACACCAAGGUCAACCCAAACUCCUGGCGCUGGUUUCAUCUCAUGGAUCAAGCCAUGACGGGCCAGCUAGCUGGGACGGCCCAAAUACUGAACCCUUCACUGUUCGACAUGGAGGAGGAGACUGGAUCUCCACCUGUACCCAUCAAAAGAAUAUGUCUGAAGCCAGAAGAAGGAGUCAACAUUUUCGAAUUUUGGGCCAAGGCUCAACUUGGGGUGGGUUGUGAGGCAGAGAACACGAAAGGGGACAGAAGCACUUCUUACAACAGUGCGGCUACUGAGAUUCGAAGGGCCUCCGCCGAGUGUGAAAUGGCCUUGCAAAGAGAAGUGUCAACAGACAAGGCCGUUGAGACUGAAACUGAGGAAACCGAGUAUGCGAUUAGUGUGUCUGACAGUGAGGUAGCAGUGGAGCGCAUUGAACGCAAACACGAGGUGGCUAACAAUGAACGGCCUGUCAUGGUCAAUGCCAGCAGAAACAUUGACAGGGAGAUGGUCGAAUUGGAGCGACAGAUAGCCGAGUUGGAGAAAGAGAGGGAGAUUCUGGAGAGGGAGCAGGCAGACUUUGACCGGGACAGGCUGUUGAUGGAGAGAGAGAGGGAGGUGUUGCGCAGUGAGAGGGAGACUCUCGAGCGUGGCAGAGCGACGUUGGAGAACGACAGGGCGUCCAUAGACCGGGAGCGGGCAGUGCUGGACAGAGACCGAGCUGUCCUGGACAGGGAUAAGGCUUUAAUCGAGAGGGAAAGGGCAGAACUGGUGAGAGAACGGGAGUCCUUCAUGCAAAGCAGGAUCGCUCAGAGCAACGGCUCCACUGAAUGCGAGAUGGACUCGGCCAGGUCUGAGAGGAGAGAAAGAAUGUUUUUGUUAUUUGAGAAACUCAUUGACAAGCUUUCAACAGGUAGUGACGUGGAAGUUAGCGCCGGGCAGCGAGGCAAGCGGCAGGGCUGUGGCAGCACCGCUUGUGCACGAGCACGCUUCCUUCCUGAAGUGGAGUGGAUAAGUCCAUCUCCUGCGGAAUUCAUGUUCGAAAUGGAGUCAGCCAUGGACACAACGCCUAAUGCAGUGGAAGGCUCAUAUAAAAUGACUGAGGAGGACGUCAAAAGGUUGAUCGAAUUUCGGGCUUCCAAUGAUGCUCUGUUUACAGGAAAGAGGAAUUCUGCAAAGAUUGCCUGGAAUACUAUUUUGAGAGGAUUGGGUCUUCAAGGUAAACUCACCGCUGACCAGAUUGCUAAAAAAUGGGACAACCUUCGAACAAAGUACAAGGAUUUGAAACACCCUCAUAAUGGCCAGGAGCCAGGGGGAAUGGACUCGUGGCCGUGGUUCCACCUUAUGAACGAAGCCAUGCAGGGACGCCUUUUCAAUUCCAACUUGACUCUCGUGCCCGAGUCAGUCGGUGUCGACACCCCAGGAGUUUCCUCCCCGUUACCCAACGAGUCAGGGAGGGAGAACGAGAACCAAGAAAAUACGGAUAUUUUGGAGUUUCUGAUAAAAACAGAGAUGGAAGACAGCGGUGGGACUGAGAAUGUGGAGGGUGGUGGAACAGGCCGGACUGCUGGAACUCCCACUGAAGGCAUCCCUAUAGGGUGGCGAAGGAUGUCAGAAUGCACCUACAAAAUGACUGAGCCUGAGACUGAGAGAAUGAUCAAGUUGCGUGCUGUCAACGAGGCUCUCUUCACUGGCAGGAAGCAUACUGCCAAACCUGCGUGGAGAGCAAUUUUGUAUGAGUUGGGACUUCAAGGAAAGGUGACUACAGACCAGCUUGCUAAAAAGUGGGACAACCUGAAGAGGAGAUAUAAGGAGCUUAAAUUUCCAGCUCGAGGCAUCGAGAGCAACCCAAACUCCUGGCCAUGGUUCUACCGCAUGAACGACGCCAUGGAGGGCCGCUUUGCCGGCUCCGCCCCCGUCCUCGCGCCCAUGGUGGAGGAGGGAGACGACGAGUGCGAGCCUUCACCACCCCCAUCCAGGAAGCGGGCUCGCCGAACGCCGGGAAGGGGAGGAAUGUCCGAGUUCCUGACUGAGUCGGAGAUGGAUCUGCUGGUGGAAACAGAGGACAGGAACGGAGCGUCCUUGGAGUUUCACAAAAUGACUGAAUUCUCCUAUAAGUUGACAGAGGAAGACACAAGGAGGUUGAUAGAACUACGCGCUGCAAACGAGGCUCUGUUCACUGGGCGGAGAAACACAGCCAAGCCUGCCUGGAGAGCCAUUGUAAAAGAGAUGGGCCUUGCAGGAAAGUUGACCCCAGACCAGGUUGGCAAAAAGUGGGACAACUUGAAGACUAAAUUCAAGGACUUGAAGUACCCACCGCAGGGCAUGGAGAACCAGACCAACCCUGCCUCCUGGCCUUGGUUCCAGCUGAUGAACGACGCCUUAGAGGGACGUCUGGUGGGGAAGGCCCCAAAACUAACGCCGUUGUGGGUGAGCGAGGAAGACAACAUGUACGCGUCCUCUCCACCCCCUGCAGAGAGGGGCGGAGUUUCAGAGUUGGAGGAAAGCAUGGCGGCAGCAGACACAGAGGGGGAGGGAACUGUGACUUACAUUGACGCCAGCGGUGAAGAGUGUACAACACCCACGGAUUUCUCCUACAAGAUGACGGAACAGGACACGAGGAAGCUGAUCAAGCUGCGCGCUGCAAAUGAGGUUCUUUUCACUGGGAGGCGAAAUGCAGCCAAGGCCGCAUGGAAGGCCAUUUUAAAGGAGUUGGGUCUCCUUGGAAAGGUAUCCACUUACCAGGUGUCCAAAAAGUGGGACAAUUUAAAGAGACGAUAUAAGGACUUGAAGUACCCUCCGGUAGGCAUGGAGAGCAUGGCAGACAAUGCUGCCUCCUGGCCCUGGUUCCACCUCAUGAACGAAGCCAUGGAGGGCCGCUUGUCCUCCUGCGCCCCUGUCCUCACCCCCAUCACACAGGAGGAUGACCAGCACCCCUCGCCCUCGCCCCGCGUGUCAAGGUCACGGCCACCUGCACCACCGCCCCCCCAACAGGAGAAUCGAGCCAGUGCCUCCGACUUUGAGCAGGAGAUGUACGCCGAGCACACCGCCGACGAAUGCCAGAGAGCUUCUGCUGAAUGCGAGAGAGCCCUCAGGGAGGAGCGGUUAGGAAGGGGCCCCGCGGGUCCCGCGAACAAAGGGCCGGCUCUGGAGAGGGAGUGGGAGAUUCUGGAGAGGGAGAGGGCGGCCGUGGAGCGGGAGAGGGCGGUGGUGCAGGCGGAGAGGCUGUGGCUGGAGAGGGAGCGAGCGGCGCUCCAGAGAGACAGACUGGCGUUCGAACACGACAGAGUGGCACUAGGCAGAGAGAGAGAGGCUUUCGAAAGUGAGAGAGCGAUGAUGAUGAACACGGUUACAGUGGUGCACGCAGGACACAUCAACUCUGCGAUGGGAAUGUAGAUACAUCUUUCCUGUUUGGGGGGGAGAAAUAAAACUGUGAAUUGGAGCAUCGGAUUGCUCAAGCAGGCAACCUGAAGAAAGAGGAAUGGGUUGUUGUCAAUCAAUGGAAUAUGCUAAUGUACAGUAUUGUGGAAAUAUAAAAAAAGUAUGGAGAAGGGUGCUUUCACACCUAGACCGUUUCCUUGGUCCGAAUCAGUCGAUGAGUUGCUACUUUGUUGCAUUUUUCAUUAGGUCCGGUUAGUGUUCACACGCUUCAAAUCAGCGGGGCUGCUGCAGGCGGCUGAUUUGAAGCAGCCAAUGGCAUUCUCAGCUUGGCGCCGCCAGCGCAUGAAGUCGAACACAACUACUGUGAUUGACAGGAAGUGAUUUUCCCUCACAGAUUUUCUGUGAGGGAAAAUCGCCGGCGCUGCAUGAAGUCCAACGCAACGUCAUGUACAACAAUGGAUCAACAGCAGCGUAUUGCGAUAGGCCCUACUAUCUUGAAUUGUUAUGAUUCGGUGUUGCACGACCAAGUUUUUUGGGUUGGUCUUGUACCCUGGAUCAUAUCCAGAUCAUCAAACCAUGACAAUUAUUUGUUUUCGUCCCUCGAGCUCCCACAUUUCCGUAGAUAACGACCAUUCAUUUGAAUCAGGUGUGUUGGAGCAGGGAAACAUCUAAAACAGGGAAGGGAGGCCCGAGGAACAGGAUUGGGACCACUGCCGUAGAACAUCACGUACUUAGGAUAUAUGUAUUACUAAGUUUUUAAACUUUCAACCGACAUUGGUCCACUGUGCGCUCAAGUCUACCCUUUCUUUCAGUGUAUCACUGAAUAAUUUAAAUACCUCGCUAUUCUUAUGUGUUUUCACAAGCAUCUCUGCAAUAUGACCAUCAGCCCAUAUUUGCAGAAGAGCCUUCAUUUCAUCAUUCCCCCACGUUUUCCCUCGACUCAUCAUGCUGCUUAUGAGCGGCGCAGCUGUCUGCCAAGUGUCAACAUCCUUCUUCAACCCACAAUGCACUACAUGUUGGUUUGCUUCCUAUAAUGUAGGAUUAGGAUAUUAUAUUAACCCUUGUGUUCUCCUCGGGUCGUUCUGACCCAUCAGUCAUUGUGACCCACCGUCGUAUUGCGACAACUUUACCGCAUACAAAAACAAAGUGAAGCAUUUUCUUUUAACCGUCGGGCUGUCUCAGAACCCCCACAUUGCGAAGGUUAAAAGAAAAGUAUUUUUAUUUGUUUUUGUAUUGGGUAAAAUUGGGUAAACACAACGAUGGUUCGUUAUGAACCUUUGGGUCAUGUGACCCGAAGGCAGCACGAGGGUUAAGUCUUAAAUCCGACUACAUUCACACCUAAAGCGAACCGAAACAUGGUUCACAUCGAACCAGACCGAGUGCUGUCUUUUUAGGGGGACCAUGGUUCGGUUGUUUUAUCCGCACCAGAAUUCGAAUGCGUGUUCUCACCUUCAGACGAACCGGACUUACAGAGAAAACGGAUCAAACAGGCUAGGUGUGAAAGUACCCUAAUACAAAAACUUUAUACAGCAUGUUUUCACUUAAUCAGACCAGUUUCACCCACUAGUUGAGUUGGAAAGUGCUGAUGCUGUUGUAUUGGUGAACAAUGCGUUCAAAACCAUAUAGGCUAUUGUCUAUCCCAAUCUGUAGUUUAUAUAUUGUGAACUUGUUUUCAAAGACACGGGAAUUGCCCGUCAAUUUGUUUUCUUGCAAACAUCUUAAAGCCUUAAAAAAGUAGUUUGUAUCUUUUAUCAUUUUACUGUAUUCUUAGCCUGGGAACCAGACCGAUCUGCAAGGUCAUGGUUUAUUUUUGUUGCAGUUGGCUGCGGCCAGUGUCAUAACUACUGGGCCUGUAUCUGAUAUGGGGCAGAAUUAACACGGCGACUGAACAGCAGAGCGCUGUUCAUGCAUCUUCGUAAUCGACUAAGAUGACGUUUGGUUGCACUGGUUUUGGUUUGGGCCCAUUGAUAAAGUCCCUUGGUAAUGAUAAACUGAGAGGUUCCAGACUACUGCGCAUUUACUAAUGGUAGGCUAUGGAAUUUCAGGCUACUGCAUUCUCGUAUAUCACAUCAAUUUUGUAGUACAGCAGUCAUUGGUUAGAAAUGUGUAAACUGUGGAAAUCAUGGUUAUCUCCUUUGUAUCUAUAUGUACUUGUAAAUGGCUGCUCAAAAAUACCUUUUUGAAACAUCAAGUCAAGAUAUGACCAAAGCUCAUGCUUGUGUGAAUUGUGACAGAAUAUUUUUUCAAGAAAAGACACAUCAACAAAUGUGUGCAGUCUACAAUAAAUGGACCAUUAUCUGUUCAUUGUUUCUAUAAAAUGCUGUUCUUCUAAACAGUGGAUAAA